UUUUUUAACUUUCCCAAAGGGGAGAGAGAGAGAGUAGGGUUUAAUUUUUUUUUUUUCCUCUCUCUUCUCUUCACCUGGAAAUUUUGGAGGUACAGACCAGAUAAAACCCAAAGCAAACCCUAAUCUCAUCCUGCUUUUCCACAAGCCCUAGUUUUCAAUUUCACCAGAAUCCGCCAAAAGCCCUGGUUCCAGACCUCAAAAAUACAUGCCCUAGAAGUUAUCACCAUGUUCUGGGCAGCUGAGCCCACUUCACUGAGAUUUUGGGGGGUUUUGUGUGGUAUGGUGUAGCUGAGGGAGGGGAGUGGGGGAGCAUGGAAGGACACGAGCGUGAGCUGCUGUUGGCGUGCGUGGUCUCAGGGACGCUUUUCUCGGUUCUGAGUGUAGCGUCGCUUUGUAUACUCUGGGCAGUCAAUUGGCGGCCGUGGCGGAUUUAUAGUUGGAUUUUUGCCAGAAAAUGGCCAGAUAUCUUACAGGGGCCUCAGCUUGGCUUAUUGUGUGGGAUGCUGUCUCUCUCUGCUUGGAUAUUUGUUAUUUCUCCGAUUGUGAUGCUUAUUAUAUGGGGAUGCUGGUUGAUAAUGAUAUUGGGUCGAGAUAUAAUUGGUUUGGCUGUAAUAAUGGCUGGCAUUGCUCUUUUGUUGGCAUUCUAUUCAAUCAUGCUUUGGUGGAGAACACAAUGGCAAAGCUCAAGGGCUGUAGCUGCUCUUCUUCUCGUGGCUGUUGCCCUGCUCUGUGCAUACGAACUUUGUGCUGUCUAUGUUACAGCAGGUGCAAGUGCAGCUGAGCGAUAUUCACCUUCUGGCUUCUUUUUUGGUGUAUCAGCAAUUGCCUUAGCAAUCAACAUGCUCUUUAUUUGCAGAAUGGUCUUUAAUGGAAAUGGCUUAGAUGUCGACGAAUAUGUGCGGAGAGCAUACAAAUUUGCCUACUCUGAUUGUAUCGAAAUGGGUCCUCUGGCUUGCUUACCAGAACCACCAGACCCCAAUGAGUUAUAUCCUCGACAAUCUAGUAGGGCUUCACAUCUUGGCCUUCUAUACCUUGGGUCGCUUUUAGUGCUGCUUGUGUACUCCAUUUUAUAUGGACAAACGGCAAUGGAGGCACAAUGGCUGGGGGCCAUUACAUCAGCUGCUGUUAUCAUUCUUGAUUGGAAUAUGGGGGCAUGCUUGUAUGGGUUUCAGCUCCUUAAAAGUCGCGUUGUAGCACUUUUUGUUGCUGGCUUGUCUCGGGUUUUCCUCAUUUGCUUUGGAGUACACUACUGGUAUUUGGGACAUUGUAUAAGUUAUGCAGUUGUGGCAUCUGUCCUGUUAGGUGCUGUUGUUUCCCGUCAUCUAUCAGCUACAAAUCCACUAGCUGCAAGGAGAGAUGCCUUACAGAGUACAGUCAUUCGCUUGAGGGAGGGAUUUCGUAGGAAAGAACAGAACAGUUCAGCUAGCUCUUCGGAAGGUUGUGGUUCAAGUGUGAAACGCAGUAGUAGUGCUGAAGCUGGCCACCUUGGUAAUGUUAUUGAAACUAGUAGCAGAAGUGCUGCACAGUGCAUAGGUGAUGCUAGUAAUUGGAAUAAUGUUAUGUAUGGAACUGCUAGUUCCCAUGAAGGAAUUAACAGUGAUAAGAGCAUAGAUAGUGGGAGACCAAGUUUAGCUUUACGUAGCAGUUCCUGUCGUUCAGUUGCUCAAGAGCCUGAAGCAGGGGGUUCUACUGACAAAAAUUUUGAUCACAAUAGCUGUUUGGUGGUUUGCUCUAGUAGCGGUCUUGAAAGCCAAGGCUAUGAGUCAAGUGCAUCAACUUCAGCAAAUCAACAAUUGCUAGAUUUGAAUUUAGCUCUUGUUUUCCAGGAAAAGUUGAACGACCCUAUGGUUACAUCUAUGUUGAAAAAGAGGGCAAGACAAGGUGAUCGUGAAUUAACUAGUUUAUUACAAGAUAAAGGAUUGGAUCCUAAUUUUGCGAUGAUGCUGAAGGAGAAGAGCUUGGAUCCAACUAUUUUGGCAUUAUUGCAGAGAAGUAGUUUGGAUGCAGAUAGGGAUCAUCAUGAUAAUACUGAUAUCACCAUCAUUGACUCCAACAGUGUGGACAAUGGAUUGCUUAAUCAAAUUUCUUUGUCAGAAGAACUGAGACUAAAAGGGCUGGAAAAGUGGCUUCAAUGGUCCAGAUUUGUCCUGCAUCACAUAGCAGGUACUCCAGAGCGAGCAUGGGUUCUCUUUAGUUUUAUCUUCAUCCUCGAAACAGUCAUUAUGGCUAUUUUCCGCCCCAAGACAGUUAAACUUGUAAAUUCCAAGCAUGAACAGUUUGAAUUUGGCUUUGCGGUGUUGUCGUUAUCUCCUGUUAUCUGUUCAAUCAUGGCUUUCCUUCGGUCACUUCAAGCAGAAGAAAUGGCCAUGACGACAAAACCCCGGAAGUAUGGUUUUAUUGCUUGGCUGCUAAGCACGUGCGUUGGCUUGCUGCUAUCCUUCUUGAGCAAAUCAUCAGUUCUUCUAGGAUUGUCCUUGACUUUUCCACUCAUGGUGGCAUGCCUUUCUGUUUCUAUUCCUAUAUGGAUCCAUAAUGGCUACCAGUUUUGGGUUCCACGAGUAGAAUCUGCAGGUCAUCCAGGACAUCAUCGAACUCCAGGGAAAAAGGAGGGUGUUGUUCUUGUUAUAUGCAUAUUGGUCUUUGCUGGAUCCAUAUUUGCUUUGGGUGCAAUAGUCUCUGUCAAGCCUCUAGAGGAUUUACGCUACAAGGGAUGGACUGGUGAUCAGAGAACCUUUACCUCUCCUUAUGCAUCAUCUGUCUACCUUGGCUGGGCAAUUGGCUCAGUUAUUGCUCUAGUUGUUACUGGUGUUCUGCCAAUUAUAUCAUGGUUUGCAACUUAUCGGUUCUCUCUCUCAUCUGCUGUAUGUGCUGGAAUAUUUUCUGUUGUUCUUGUGGCAUUUUGUGGUGCAUCCUAUUUGGAGGUUGUGAAGUCGAGGGAUGACCAGGUUCCAACAAAGGGCGAUUUCCUUGCUGCUUUGCUUCCUUUGGUGUGCUUUCCAGCAUUGCUAUCACUUUGCACUGGUUUGUAUAAAUGGAAAGAUGAUGAUUGGAAACUUUCACGAGGUGUUUAUGUGUUUGUUAUCAUUGGCCUUCUUCUUUUGCUUGGUGCAAUCUCAGCAGUUGUGGUUAUAGUAGAGCCUUGGACGAUAGGGGUAGCAUGCCUUUUGGUUCUUCUCUUGAUCGCAUUAGCUAUUGGUGUCAUCCACUAUUGGGCUUCAAACAAUUUCUAUUUGACCAGGACACAAAUGUUCUUUGUUUGUUUCAUUGCUUUUCUUUUGGCUCUAGCAGCAUUCCUGGUGGGAUGGUAUGAAGAUAAACCCUUUGUUGGAGCGUCCGUCGGUUAUUUUUCGUUUUUGUUUCUUCUUGCUGGAAGGGCAUUGACAGUGCUUCUUUCACCUCCUAUUGUCGUUUAUUCUCCAAGGGUACUGCCUGUAUAUGUUUAUGAUGCUCAUGCAGAUUGUGGAAAGAAUGUCAGUGUUGCAUUUCUUGUGCUUUAUGGAAUUGCAUUGGCAACCGAGGGAUGGGGUGUUGUUGCCAGUUUGAAAAUUUAUCCACCUUUUGCUGGCGCUGCUGUAUCAGCAAUUACACUGGUUGUGUCCUUUGGAUUUGCUGUCUCUCGUCCAUGCUUGACUCUUAAGAUGAUGGAGGAUGCUGUUCAUUUUCUUAGUAAGGAAACUGUUGUUCAAGCAAUUGCUCGAUCUGCUACUAAGACUAGAAAUGCUCUGUCUGGCACUUACUCAGCUCCACAGAGAUCUGCUAGUUCAGCUGCUCUUUUGGUUGGAGACCCUACAGUUAUGCGUGACAGAGCAGGGAACUUUGUGCUUCCCAGGGCAGAUGUCAUGAAACUACGAGACCGUUUGAGAAAUGAAGAAGUGGCUGCAGGUUCGUUUUUCUGCAGAGUGAGAAAUGGCAGGACAUUUUGGCAUGAAUCAACCAGUGAUAUAGGUUACCGGAGGGAAAUGUGUGCACAUGCACGGAUUCUUGCUUUAGAAGAGGCAAUUGAUACUGAAUGGGUGUACAUGUGGGAUAAAUUUGGGGGUUAUUUACUUCUUUUGCUUGGUUUGACUGCUAAGGCAGAGCGUGUACAGGAUGAGGUCCGUCUAAGACUCUUCCUUGACAGCAUAGGGUUUUCUGAUCUGAGUGCCAAGAAAAUUAAGAAAUGGAUGCCAGAGGACCGCAGGCAGUUUGAAAUUAUCCAGGAAAGUUAUAUAAGAGAGAAGGAGAUGGAAGAAGAAAUUUUAAUGCAGCGACGUGAAGAGGAAGGUAGGGGCAAAGAAAGGAGAAAAGCUCUUCUGGAGAAGGAAGAACGUAAAUGGAAAGAGAUAGAAGCUUCUCUGAUAUCCUCUAUUCCAAAUGCUGGCAGCCGGGAGGCUGCAGCCGUGGCUGCUGCAGUGCGUGCAGUAGGAGGUGAUUCUGUUCUUGAUGAUUCUUUUGCACGAGAGAGGGUUUCAAGCAUUGCACGCCGGAUACGCAUGGCUCAAUUAGCUCGUCGUGCACUCCAGACGGGAGUUACUGGUGCUGUAUGUGUGCUUGAUGACGAGCCAACAACAAGUGGCAGAAACUGUGGCCAGAUUGAUCCAACUAUAUGUCAAAGUCAAAAGGUCAGCUUCUCAAUUGCUGUAACGAUCCAGCCUGAGUCUGGGCCAGUUUGUCUUUUAGGAACUGAAUUCCAGAAGAAGGUGUGCUGGGAAAUCCUGGUAGCUGGUUCUGAACAAGGCAUUGAGGCUGGACAAGUUGGACUUAGAUUGAUCACUAAAGGUGAUAGACAAACUACCGUGGCAAAGGAGUGGAGUAUCAGUGCAACAAGUAUUGCAGAUGGAAGGUGGCAUAUUGUAACAAUGACUAUCGAUGCUGAUUUAGGUGAGGCAACUUGCUAUUUAGAUGGCGGUUUUGAUGGCUACCAGACUGGGUUACCAUUGCGUGUUGGCAAUGGCAUUUGGGAACAAGGAACCGAAGUAUGGAUUGGUGUUAGGCCACCUAUAGAUAUUGAUGCAUUUGGGAGGUCAGAUAGUGAAGGAGCUGAAUCGAAGAUGCAUAUAAUGGAUGUCUUUAUGUGGGGAAGGUGCUUGACUGAAGAUGAGAUUGCUGCCUUUUAUGGUGCUAUGGGUUCAGCCGAGUACAGUAUGAUUGAUUUUCCUGAAGACAAUUGGCAAUGGGCAGAUUCCCCUUCCAGAGUUGAUGAAUGGGACAGUGAUCCUGCAGAAGUAGAUUUAUAUGACAGGGAUGAUGUAGAUUGGGAUGGUCAAUAUUCAAGUGGGAGGAAACGGAGGUCUGAACGUGAGGGGAUGGUUGUUGAUGUGGAUUCUUUUGCCCGAAGGUUGAGAAAACCAAGGAUGGAAACACGAGAAGAAAUUAAUCAACAGAUGCUUUCAGUUGAACUAGCUGUCAAAGAAGCCCUCUCUGCAAGAGGAGAGACACAUUUUACAGAUCAGGAAUUUCCUCCCAACGAUCAAUCAUUAUUUGUAGAUCCAGAAAAUCCCCCUUUGAGGUUGAAGGUUGUUUCUGAGUGGAUGAGACCAACUGAUAUGGUGAAAGAAAGCUAUUUGGAUGCUGGUCCAUGUUUGUUUUCUGGAGCUGCCAAUCCUUCUGAUGUUUGUCAGGGUCGACUGGGGGAUUGUUGGUUUUUGAGUGCUGUUGCUGUUUUAACUGAGGUUUCACGAAUAUCAGAAGUGAUCAUUACACCUGAAUAUAAUGAAGAAGGAAUCUAUACUGUUCGCUUCUGUAUACAGGGUGAGUGGGUCCCUGUUGUUGUUGAUGAUUGGAUUCCAUGUGAAUCACCUGGUAAACCAGCAUUUGCUACCAGUAGGAAGGGGAAUGAACUGUGGGUCUCAUUGUUGGAAAAGGCAUAUGCAAAGUUGCAUGGGUCUUAUGAGGCAUUAGAGGGUGGGCUUGUCCAGGAUGCACUUGUGGAUCUCACUGGAGGUGCUGGAGAGGAGAUUGACAUGAGAAGUGCUCAAGCUCAGAUUGAUCUUGCAAGUGGAAGACUAUGGUCUCAGUUGUUGCGUUUCAAACAAGAGGGAUUUCUACUCGGUGCUGGGAGCCCUUCAGGCUCAGAUGUGCAUGUUUCUUCCAGUGGCAUUGUGCAAGGGCAUGCAUACUCAUUAUUGCAGGUAAGAGAGGUAGAUGGCCACAAGCUUGUUCAGGUUCGAAAUCCAUGGGCAAAUGAAGUUGAGUGGAAUGGCCCUUGGGCGGACUCAUCACCUGAGUGGACUGAAAGGAUGAAGCACAAGCUCAAGCAUGUUCCACAGUCAAAAGAUGGCAUAUUCUGGAUGUCUUGGCAAGACUUCCAGAUUCACUUCCGGUCAAUAUAUGUUUGUCGUAUCUACCCUCCAGAGAUGCGCUACUCUCUCCGUGGCCAAUGGCGAGGUUACAGUGCUGGUGGCUGUCAAGAUUAUGAUACAUGGCAUCAAAAUCCACAGUUCCACUUGAGAGCUACUGGGCCAGAUGCAUCAUUUCCAAUUCAUGUAUUCAUUACCUUAACUCAGGGUGUGAGCUUCUCAAGAACAACGGCUGGUUUCAGGAAUUAUCAAUCGAGUCAUGAUUCAAUGAUGUUCUAUAUUGGGAUGAGGAUACUCAAAACUCGUGGUCGUCGCGCUGCGUAUAACAUUUAUUUACAUGAAUCAGUUGGGGGGACAGAUUAUGUCAAUUCUCGAGAAAUAUCAUGUGAAAUGGUUCUGGAGCCUGAUCCAAAGGGUUACACAAUUGUACCUACUACUAUCCACCCUGGGGAAGAAGCACCAUUCGUUCUUUCUGUUUUCACCAAAGCAUCGGUAACACUGGAAGCUUUAUAGUAUUUGAUGAUGGCCCUCUACUGGGUUGCUGUCUUCAGGUUGAGAGCACAGCUGCAAAAGUUUGGAUUGCUUGGGUUGUCCAUGGUUUUUGCACAGCUGCAGAUGAGAUUCUUGAACCACAAAUUGGUGCACAGAGUAACUUGGUGUACAUGAUGUGGUUCUAAGCUCAGCCUGCAAGGAUGCCUUUGGGUUAGUAAUUCAACAAAAUGGUGGUGCCCUUCUGAUUUCAUGGAUAUCCAGUGAGCUCACAGAAUGGAAGAUUUUAUUCCUGAAGAAGCUGGAAUGCAUUUUUCUAGAGAUGAUGGAUGAUCAUAUAGAAUUGGUGUUUGAUGAAAUUUAGAGGCUUGCUCAGCCCGUCUCUCUCUUGGAUUUCACUUCUGCCUGCAUCUGAGAGGGUUCUCGAAAGGUAGCUGUACAUGUGUAGGUGUUGUCAAGGAUAUAGGUGGUGUGGUCAUGUAAAUGAGGGAGGAAAACAAAAAAAAAAAAAAAGUAAAAAAGAAAUAGGAAAAUAAUUUAGAUAUGCCUUGUUCAAAAGGAAUAUAGAGGAGCAUUGUAGCCGCAAGAGGAUUUAGAGUCUCAACUGCAAUUUUGAAGUGCUUAAUCGAAAAAUUAGUCGGUUUUUGUACAAGUUUUUACCUUUUUGGCAAUAUAAGUCUCCAAUUUUAUAUAUGUACCUGUUGAUCUUCA